UUCAGCGGGCGAUCAAGAUGGCAGCCCUGAGCCAGGGGAAAGAUUAGGGAACGGUGGUUGGUCAUUCCAAGAAUUAAAAGAGCGGGGCGGGGAGCCGCCGGCGGAGUUCUUCAGCCUGAAGAUGUGGGAAGAAACAGGGGACUCCAUGACCCUGCUGUGCCUUACAGCCAGUAGCGGAGUGCCCUUGUACUGCAGGAGCCGGGGUGGCUCCGUCAAGCAGCAGCUGCCCUUCUCUGUGAUUGGCUCCCUGAAUGGGGUUCACAUGUUUGGUUCCAACUUGGAUGUCCUGCUGACAGCUGCCUGUACAGAGAACACUCGUGUGGUGUGGAAAGUGUUCCACAACAGCAUCACCCUCAUUGUCCUGUCAUCAGAUGAAGGUACAAGUGACUUCAGCCUUGGGAGACUCCUUGAGAAUGUCUUCAAUGCCAUGGUGCUGGUGUUGGGCCUGGAGGAACUGGUGAAUGCACGCAACAUUGAACGUCUCAAGAAGGACCUGAAGGCAUGUUACAGAUUGAUUGACAGCUUCCUGGAGCCUGGCAAAUGCAGCGCUGAAUUGACCCACUAUGUGGAGUGUGCUGUGGUGCCCUCCAGGGCCAUCCUGCAGGAAUGCCUGGAAGCUUUUGCCAGUGCAGCUGAGUCACGGUUUGGCAGUCUGGUUGCUGGGGGCCACGUGCUGUGUGCGACGGAGCAGUGGUGGCAGCUUGCAGCCCAGGAGGCCAUGCUGCUGGUAUGGCUGGUGCGCACACUGCCCCCCCACACCUCCCGCGACCUGCCUGUUUACCUUCCUCACGGCAGUCCUACGGUUCCUCACCGAUUCCUGACUUUCCAGCUCGUUCCUGGUUUGGAGGUGGUGCUGUUGUGUGGGCCAAGCCCUUCCUUACAAUAUGUUGCAGAUGAGCUAGUGAAGCAGUUUUGGCAACCGUUGCUGGAUCUCCUGAAGCAGACCGCCAGAGCCUCUCCUCGCUGUCUCCCUCCAAGCACGUCUCUUGCCCCUGGCAUCCUUGGGUUAUUGUUGAUCAACCAAGAACAGAGGAAAAGUCUCUUCACAGUACAACCUCAUGGCACCUGGGCGGAAGGUUCUGAGAUGUCCCUGAAGAGUCGCCUCUGUGCCCUCCGCUCUUUCUACGCCUUAGCUAUCUCUUUGUACUUUCCCUCUGAGAAGUCAGAAGGGAGCACAGUGCCUCUGCAGGAGGAGUUCCAGGCCGGUUUUUCACACCACCCGCAGCACUGCUACAUAGUCAGCACCACACACAAGGCCUAUGCCAUCCACAGGAGACGGCACCAGCUCUUCCUGCUCCUGAAGCCAGAUGUGCCCACCUUUGCCCUGCGCUCCCUGGCAACCAGCACACUGCAGGCCCUCACCACUGAGGAUUCCGCCCUUUGAUCAGGGGAGUUCCCAGUUGGAUGCUGGGAUGGGACAUGCUUCCCCCAAAAACAUUCCAUGCUCCUGUAUACUGGAGCAGCCUGCACAUGGAAGAAAUUCCCAAAGCAGGAAGAAUUCUGAAGAGGGGAGCAAAUCUCCCUCACUCUCUGGUUGUUACAGAGGAGGUAACGGAGACACUCUUGGCUUGGAUGACCGGCUGUGGCCUCUUCUCCCUCCCCAGCCCCCAUGCAGGAAGGAAUGCUUACUUUUUAAAAGUUGUCAAGAAGUGCAUCUCCCUACUAUUGGGACAAAUUUAUGCAUUGAUAUCACAGCCAUACAGCAAGGAAUGCAAAUGUGUACGCCCUACAGAAGACUGAAACGGAUGGGUCAAAAGUGACAGUAGACUUGGAGCCAAGGAACCAAGGUUCAUAAUGCAGUACAGCUCAGCACAGCAGUAGACUUACCUGUGUUGGAAAGUGCCUCCUGUGGCUCUGCAGGUACAAGAGGCUUGAUGAUAGAAAUUUGCAUCAACUUAUCUUUCCCUGGGGGCAUUCAUCUGCUCUUAUCAUUUCUGUGAUAACCUGGUCAGCUUCUCUUGACUUCACACACUACACAUUCUGGGUUUCUAUUGAUGGAGGCUCUUCUUUUGAUGUUUCAACUGCUGGCAUUCAAAUCUGGCCUCUGCUAGUUCACUGGAAAGUCAUACUGAUUUUGACCUAAUCUUACAAGGCUGUUUAUAAGAGUUAACACAUUGUUUUGUGAACAGCUUUUUGAAUAAAAUUGUGAUGGACAGCAAGUAGAUGCAUGCUUAUAGGCAGUGCUGCUUGAAAGAAAGUGAGCUAGCUGAACCGACUUACAGCUCAUGGAACUCGCUCUGAUUGGAGGAGGAUGGCUAAUCUACACUAGAAUCAGAGAAAUCAACUAUGAUUCCAUGAUUUUAAUGUAGAAUAUAAGCUUGGAGACAGUUAAACCAGGAUUAAAGGUCUAGUGCAAAAUUGGUCCAGGUUAUUGCUCUUAAGGAGAAGAUAAUACCCAUCUUGCUAGAGAAAAGGGUCUAGUAGAAAAACCAUAGUCUUUAAGACAAAGGGAUAAAGCUAAGUACAUUCUCAAGUUUGUGUGACCGACAAAUAUUAAAUUCAAAAGGAAACAAGGCAAACUAGAGCAAGUACUAUCAAAGUAAGAGCAGUGUUACACCUUCAGUGAAAGGAAAACAGCCUUAAGUCUCUAAACACCAUAUGAUGCAAUUAUGUAAAUACAUUUUAACCUUGUCUACCAAUUCCAAAACUUAACAACUAUGUAAACAUCAAUUCCCUUCCCUGCCAAUUUGUUCAAAUAAAUCUGGAAUCUGUUUAACUCUGUAUCUAAAAUGGCAUUUCUGGAGGAAAAUAUUUGAAAUCACCAAACCUCAUCUGAGUGGCAGUUCCUUAUUUUGGGAAAAAGCCUACAGGGUACCUAUCAGUAACCUCGUGCAACAAAGAAUUUAUAAUAAAAGGUUAUUUAUACAAUAAGGAAAGAGACAUGCUCCUUAAGGGCUACCCAAAACAAGAAAAGGCAACAGAUUUGUUUAUGAGGGAAAACUGUCACAACUUGUGAUUGUUUUUGAAUCAAACGGUCAACUUGUGACAAAAGUAUGUGAAGCUUUUGAAUGAAUCUUAAUUGUUAUGCUUCAGAAGGUUCACAUAGUCCUUUCAGUGCUGAGUUCUCUAGAAUUUAGAUUUAAGCUGUAACCCUACAUCCACAUGUGAAAAUGAGAUGAAAUAAAUUCAACUUGACACAACUGAGCAACACCUUAGAAUCACUUUGUACACUAGAAGGUGGGGUAUUAAGAAAAAGUAAGGAAUUUGUCAUGUUUUUCAAGUUGAGACAGGUCAAAGGACCUCUUGAAAAUGUCCUGAAUCUUACUUGAAAUUCCAAAUACAGCAGACUCCUCUCCCCGCAAUAACCUGGAAGCUGACUGCAGAGGGGGAAUGACUUUGAACAGAUGAGCUGAUUGGUCUAAUUGUUUUCUGCACUUUGCCACUGGCCUCAUGCUGGAUGGCUUAAAUCAUACUACUGCCAUGGAGAAGGCAUUCAACUUGCCUAGAAACAGAGCAGCUGUAGCCUGAAGUAACUUCUAGAAAGAACAGGAAUGGGACAGAGGAUCAGUCAUUUUUGCCAGUAAUGCAUCUGCAAAGUGUCUUUAUGCCACAUCGUUCCAGAGCUGAGCUGAACUUUAUUCCAAAUUUGAUUGAUUUGUAACCAGCUGAGGCACCUGAGUGUCAGUUGUGACAGAUUCUUUCCAUUUCAGAUUGAAUGAACAAUAAAUGUAAGCUGAACUGCA